UUUGAUUUAACUGAUUUCUCAUCUUACGUGCGACACAUUUGUAAAAACAUGUUACACAAACGCUGAUUUUUAACAUAAACAUGGAUUUAUUAAGAUUAAAUAAGGUGAUAGUUAAGAUAUUACUUUAAUUCGUCUGCUUAAAUAGUUUCUUAAGUUCAAGGACGCACGAUACAAUUAACAUUUGUUCAACCGGGAGUAAGUAGCGCAAUGGAAGUGGAGCGUGUGACGCUUGGUGUCGUUGGUGACGCCGGGGUUGGGAAGACGACGCUGGUCGUGUCGUUCACCGCCAACUACGUGUGUCAGGAGUACCGGCCGACGGCAUUGGACGCUUUCUCGACGAUUGUCCGUCUUAAUGACGCCCUCGUGGUCGACCUCCGCAUCUGGGACAACGCAGGAUCCAAGGAAUACUGCGGCCUCAGACCGCUCACGUACCCCCAGACGGAAGUGUUUCUCGUUUGUUUCUCGCUCAAGUCUCGCAAGUCGUUCGAAAAUGUGACGAGAGUUUGGAUUCCGGAAAUAUACAAAACCGUUGGGACCAGGCCCUUCGUUCUCGUCGGAUGUAAACGAGACGACUGUGUUUUUGGGGCUGACGGGAACUCAGAUGUGGUGGGGACAAUUGAGGGAGAGGCGAUGGCUAGGCGGUUGGGAGCCGUCACCUACGUGGAGACAAGCGCUAUAGAGCAGUCGGGCUUCACAGACUGUUUCCACACAGCGAUACACGCCGCCCUUGAGGAGAGGAAAUCUCCCACGCUUGCACGGGAUAGAACAUUUACAAUUUAACUUGUAUAUUUAUACACGGCUAUGUUUGAAAUCCUCAAAUGUAUUUUAUAAUUAUCGUUAGAUAUAUUUAAUAAAUUGUUGUAUAUUU